UAAAUCACUACAGUCCCACUGUUGUUGUGACCAGUUUUAUAAUAGUGUGACCACACAGCGUGUGCCACAAAUACAAAAAUGGCGUCUGAACAAGACGAGAACGUUGUAAUAGAAAAUUCAGCGCGACGAACUCGUUCGGGUCGACCUGUGGCUGCACCAGCACCAGCGGUAGCGCGAACGACGCGUCGCACAUCCAAGCGACAAGCGCAGUUAAGUGAUCAAGAGGAAGCAAACGAGGUCAAUAAUCAACCAACCAUGGUACAUCCCGAAGAGGACGAGUUGGAACCCGCUGUAGCAGAAGCAACUGGUGCUGCUGUUAUUGACGACAUGCAAUACGAUGAGCUUGCACAGCUGCAGCAAAAUCUAGAUGACGAUGUGGACAUGUUGGCCACAGCUGAAACAACUGGCGGAGUAGAUGAAAAGAGUUCCUCAUUUCCUUUUGGUGCCGUGACCGAACAGCAUUCAGAGACCAGUGAUGAGGUCAAAGAGAGUCGAACCGAAGAAGGUGUGGACACAUCGCUGUUAGCCUCCUUGGCCGGCGAUAAUGCCAACAGUUUACCUUCUGUGGGUGGAAAUGAUGAAAAUGAGUCGAACACAAAAAAAGCUAACUUUGAAUCAAAUUCAGAUGCUCUACAGCCACUUGCGAGUAAACUAAGCUCGUCCGAAGAUUCUAUAUCGCAUCAAGCGAUAGCCGAGAGCUUAGGCGAUGAAAUCGACCAUGAAAUGGACACUAGUAAUGCGACUAUUGUAAAUACUGAAAUCAUCUCAGAAGAUGAACUGCCGCCACCAAGUAAGCCAGAAAUUAAUGACGCCGAAGAAGUAUCCGAUGAGGAACUGCCAGCGCCACAGCGUGCAGAGCUGCCUGCUGAUGCUGAAGUCAUAUCUGAGGAUGAAUUGCCCACGCACAACAACAAUAACGAAUCCAAGCAUAGUGGGAAACGUAAGGCUGGCAAAGAUUCGAAUGCAACACAAGCAGCCGAUGCGGAUGACGAGCAUCAGAGCAGUAGCGAAGGGAGCUCUAAAGGCAAGCAACCGGAACAAUAUAACCCCUGCAGCCCAACUACUGAGAGUAACGAUGCACCGCCCUUAGAGAAACGCCCUAGGGUCGAUGAAGCAGAUGGCGAGCACAAAGAUAAGGAUAAGGAAAAAGAUAGCCAGAAGAAAGAUAAAGAGCGUGACAAAGAUAAAGAGAAGGAGAAGGAAAAAGACAAGGAGAAAGAUAAAGAUAAAGAGCGAAAAAAAUUGCCGGAUCUCGACAAAUACUGGCGAGUCGUCAAAGACGAUGCAUCCGACUUCACAGGCUGGACAUAUUUGCUCCAAUACGUGGACAGCGAGUCUGAUGCUGAGGCGGCACGCGAAGCCUACGACACAUUCCUGUCGCAUUACCCCUACUGUUAUGGCUAUUGGCGCAAGUAUGCGGACUACGAGAAGCGCAAGGGCAUCAAGGCAAACUGUUAUAAGGUAUUUGAGCGGGGUCUGGAAGCCAUCCCCUUGUCAGUCGAUCUUUGGAUACAUUAUCUGAUGCACAUCAAGUCGCAUCACGGCGACGAGGAGCAAUUCAUACGCAGCCAAUACGAACGAGCUGUGCAGGCGUGCGGCCUAGAGUUUCGCUCUGACAAGCUCUGGGAUGCGUACAUACGUUGGGAGAAUGAAUCUAAGCGUUAUCAUCGCGUAGUCCAGAUUUACGAUCGUCUCCUUGCGAUACCUACCCAGGGAUACAAUGGCCACUUUGACAAUUUUCAGGAUAUCAUUCAUCAACAAGCAAUAACCUCUACCAUUAGCAACGAGGAGUUGCUCCGCUUGCGCAGAGACUGGCACGAACGCCAGCAAAGCAAAUCAUCCAAGUCAUCGUCCAAAAGUCGUCGUGACAGCGCCAGCUCAAAGGAUGCUAAGAGUGAGCGCGAUCGUGACCGAGAACGUGACGAUAAGCACAAGGAGGCGUCUGGUGGAAAAUCCCCCAAAGACAGUAGUGAGACACCCACUGAUGAAUCAGUAAAUAACCCCGAUCUGACCAUAAACGAGUCAUCAUCCGCGGCUGUCACAUCGAAGGCAGCUCACAUUGAUCUCAGCGAUCUCGGCACGCUCAGCGAAGAGGAGAUAACCGCCAUUAAAGAAAGGGCCAUAUCAGCGCGACGCAAGCUGCACAAGUUAACUGUUAAUGCAGUGACGGCUCGCUGGUCUUUUGAGGAGGGCAUAAAGCGCCCAUACUUCCAUGUGAAGCCACUGGAACGGGCUCAGCUAAAAAACUGGAAGGACUAUCUUGACUUUGAGAUCGAAAAGGGCGACCGAGAACGCAUUUUGGUACUCUUUGAACGUUGCCUCAUUGCCUGCGCUUUGUAUGAUGAAUUUUGGCUGAAGAUGCUGCGCUACCUAGAGUCGCUGAAUGACCAAAGCCAAAAUAUAGUGAGCAUUACGCGUGAGGUGUAUCGCCGUGCCUGUCGCAUUCAUCAUCCGGAGAAGCCUAGUCUACAUUUAAUGUGGGCCGCUUUUGAGGAGUGCCAACUGAACUUUGAUGGCGCCGCCGAAGUGCUGGAGCGCUUAGAACAGCGCUGUCCCAAUCUCUUGCAAGUAGCCUAUCGCCGCAUCAAUGUAGAACGACGUCGCGGUGCUCUGGACCAAUGUCGUGCACUGUACGAACAUUACAUUGAACACAGCAAAAACAAAGGGAUUGCCGGUAGCUUAGCCAUUAAAUACGCUCGAUUUCUCAACAAGAUCUGCAAUGAUCUGGGCGGUGGCCUAGCGGUACUGCAGAAGGCGCUAGAGCGCGAUCCGGCCAAUACUCGUGUUGCCCUACAAAUGAUUGAUUUGUGCUUGCAACGACCGCAAGUUGUAGAGCAGGAGGUUGUACAGAUUAUGGAUAAGUUUAUGGCACGCGCUGACAUUGAGCCAGAUCAAAAGGUGCUUUUUGCGCAGCGGAAGGUCGAAUUUCUGGAGGACUUCGGCAGCACUGCCAAGGGUCUGCAGGAUGCUCAACGCUCACUGCAAUUGGCUCUUAGCAAAGCUAACGAGGCGCAAAAGAAAAGCAAUGACACAAGCCCAAGUCGCAAGAAUUCUACCAGCACGAAGGAUAGCGCCGUCGCCCCCAGUGGUUCAUCUGCCGCACCAAAUACCUACAACAAUGGUGGAUCAGCUGCUGGAAAUGCCAACUACAACUACAACUCGGUCAACUCAAGCGCCUACUAUGCACAGCAGAGCGGUGGAGCCUAUCCGCCCCAGCAACAACAGCAACAAUCUUACGACUCCUACUAUAACCAAUGGGGUGGUUACGGCUCUGGGAGCAGUGGUGGAGGGGCCAGCGCCGGCGGUGCUAGCUACAAUUAUGGUCAGUGGAGCGGAUAUGGUAACUACUACUGAAACAGGCGUUUUUUCGCUCAUUCGCGUUCCCUUUAUCCGUACAGCUCUGGGUGGUGGCGCCGGAGUUAGCUUCGUUAAAGUCUAAUGUAAAGAUAUUUGUAAUUUUAUAAUUUGUUUCUUAAAAUACAUAAUUAAAAAUAUGUAGCAUAUAAGUGCUUAAAUACAUAUGUGAAUAAUAUGUGCAACAGCCACAUCCACAACCAAUACAAAUACAAAUACGAAAACAAUAUACA